GCUUCCCGUCGACUCGGGGUCGUCCGGUCGGUUUCGACUGGCGCUGGCGGUGACUCACAACGCGGACUAGAUGAUCGCGAAAGCUGUGGCUGUAGCGUGUGAGGCGGAGCUUAAAUGAGAGGGCGGCGGUGGGUAGGCGGUAGCUUUUUUCUCUCCUCCUCCUCUUCCGACGAUUUCUCCUCCAUCGUUCUCUUCCUCGCCGCCAUCACUCCACUGCGCCGCCGCCCUGCGAUAACUUAGUAACGGCCGCUCUCUUCGCGAUCCAAUCUUAGAAAACCAAGGAUCGAAGAGGUGGGGUUUCUGGCGGCGGCGACUGCGAUUUGACUUAGGAGUAGCGAGGAAUCUGGCUUAUGGCAUGCCUCCAGAUGAGGCAGGAGCCUCGCAGUCUCUGCGUCGGGUACUACCCGCUUCCGAGCUUGGAGUUUUCGCCGGCGUCGUCGUCGUCCCCCUCCUGCGUUCUGUUGUGAAUAGAGAAGCGAUGCGGACUUCGAUGCUCUUAUUACGCUGCUUCAUGAUCUUGUCACUUCGUUGUGGUCCAGCAAAGGUUCUAGCAUUUACUGGAACCUAUGGAAUAAAUUAUGGCAGGCUAGCAGACAAUUUACCAUCACCUGAAAGAGUGGUCACACUUCUUAAAGCAGCAAAGAUAAAGAAUGUGAGAAUCUAUGAUGCUGAUCACAGUGUGCUCAAUGCAUUUAAAGGAUCUGGGCUUGAUCUGACUGUAGCAAUUGGUAAUGAGUAUCUGAGAGACAUCAGUGUAAAUGAAGAUCAUGCUGUUAGCUGGAUCCAGUAUAAUGUGCAAUCAUUUCUGCCUGAUACCCGCAUCCGAGGGAUUGUAGUUGGGAAUGAAGUGUUAGGAAGUACAGAUCAGGAACUUGCUCAAGCCCUUUUUGGUGCCAUAAAGAAUGUUUACAAUGGUCUCAAGAGGCUUCAAUUAGCAGACAAUAUUGAGGUGUCAACACCACAUGCACAGUUUGUUUUUGCUAAUUCCUUUCCUCCCUCGUCAUGCAUUUUUAAAGAAGAUGUCCUUGGUUACAUGAAGCCCAUCCUGGAUUUUUUUUCGCAGAUUGGUAGUCCAUUUUAUCUUAACGCAUAUCCAUUCUUGGCUUACAAAUAUGACCCUGAGCAUAUCGAUAUCAAUUAUGCUCUUUUCCUGCCAAAUCAUGGAGUUUAUGACUCAAAGACUGAUUUACACUAUGACAACUUGCUUGAUGCUCAAAUAGAUGCAGCUUAUGCUGCUUUGGAAGUUGCUGGAUAUGACAAGAUGGAAGUCAGGAUUUCAGAGACGGGAUGGGCUUCUGCAAGUACUGACAAUGAAACAGGAGCUACUAUCCAGAAUGCAAGGACUUACAAUUUUAAUCUUCGCAAACGCCUUUUCAAGAAGAAAGGAACACCACUUAGGCCAAAAAUUGUGGUUAAAGCAUAUAUAUUUGCCUUGUUCAAUGAGGAUAUGAAGCGUAAUGCGAAUUCUGAAAAGCACUAUGGGCUUUUCGAACCAAAUGGGAGCAUAGCAUAUGAUAUUGGAUAUUCUGGCCUGAAGUCUUCAUCUGCAUCUCCAACUCACUUAACCUUGAAGGAUAUUUAUACUCGAGAUUGGUUAUCAGCAUACAACAUGGUUCACAUAUGCUUUGUGGCAGUUGUUCUGGCUUUAACCAUUUAGUUUGUUAACGCAAGUCGGCUUCGAGCAAUGGACCAUGCAAUGUUCUUUUGAAUUCUUGUACCUGGCCUUUGGUCGUAUUAAUAUUAUGUGCGCUUUCUAUUCACGAGUAAGAUGCUGGUAAAAGUGUUCCAAUUUUCAAAUGAAUGAUAUUGCAUUGCUCAGUGCUGAUUAGUAAGUAUCACUCAGACAAAGUUGAUAGAAAUA